AUGGUGCAGCCAUUUCUCUGGAUUGCAGUUGUCGGCGCCUUCGUGUCGUUUCUGGCCGGCACCGGGGUAGGCAUGAAUGACCUCAGCAACGCCUUUGGAACCACCUACGGGGCGAAGGUGCUCACAGUUUCUCAAAUCGUCCUUGCAUCUGUUUGCGAAUUUUCAGAUGCAGUCAGUCUGGGCGGUGCAGUGACGGCGACCAUAUCAGGAGGCAUCGCCAAGCCCGCCGACUUUGAAGAUCACCCUUACAUGUUCAUGUACGGUAUGCUGUGCGCCUGCGGUGCCGCCUUCUGCUGGCUCGCCAUCGCAACGUGGCUGACGCUUCCGGUAUCCUCCACGCACAGCAUCUGCGGAGGCGUCAUCGGCUUUGCUCUGGUGUACGGCGGUGCUGGUUCGGUGAGCUGGGCUGACAGCCAAGACGAGUUCCCGUUCGUGAACGGGGUGGCGCCGAUCGUCGCCUCAUGGUUCAUUUCACCGCUCCUCACCGGUGUCGUGCCAGCCGCCAUCUUCGGCUCUGUUCGGUGUUUUGUGCUUCGGCAUGCAAACUCGGUGCAGCGAGCCAUACUGACACUUCCGAUUAUCGUCGCCAUCACGUUUUUCCUGAAGGCCUUCUUUGUCCUCUUCAAGGGUGCCCAGAGUCGCCUGCACUGGGAUGUGCACCAUGCAGCGUCGGUGGCCGUGUGGAUUGCCGCUGUCGCUGGUGUGCUGUCGUGUGGCUUUGUCCCGCUGUUGAAGCGGCGUGUAAAGAAGAUGGAACAGCAGGCGGCGGUGCUCGCACACCGGCAUGGCCACACGCUAGGCGGUGUCGAGGACGCGAUGGUGCAUCGCGGCUAUUUUGAAGAGCUGCCAGUCGAUCUCCAUUCCACAGAAUGGCGCGAGGCGGGGGAGCCUGCGCCCGCCACUCCAGCGCCGUCGGCACUGCCACCCUCACCAGCAUCUUUCACCUACGCCUCGGCACAGAGCCGCCGCGCCGACGACAGCUACGACAAGACGGAGGGGUCCCCUGACACGGUGGUGCGCGAAGACGACGGUGCAGAUGGCAAUGCUGUUAUUCCGCUAGGAGAGCUACAAGCGGUGGCGGCGAGUAGAAUGGAGGUGCAGCUGUACGACACGCACGCCGAAAUGUUGUACCGCUACCUACAGGUCUUCACUGCCAUCUACGCUUCUUUUGCACAUGGUGCGAGUGACGUCAGCAACGCCGUCGGUCCGCUCGCCGCCAUCAACUCCGUGUACCAGACAGGAGCGGUGCAGACAACAACGUUGAUUCCCACAUGGAUUCUGUGCCUUGGCGGCGCUGGUCUUGUUUUGGGAUUGACCACCUUUGGUAUUCGUCUCAUGCGGCUUCUUGGCGAGCAGAUCACCGUCAUCACACCCAGCCGAGGGUUCUCGGCGGAGCUGUCCGCAGCCUUGGUGGUGUCGUUUGCGUCUGGCUAUGGAAUCCCUGUGUCAUCCACGCACUGCAUCACGGGAGCUGUUGUCGGAAUCAGUAUUCUAGACGUUGGGGUUCUCAACGUUCGCUGGUGGAUGGUGCUCAAGAUGUACGGGGGGUGGGUCUGCACUCUUGUCUUGACCGCGCUUAUGUCUGCCAUCUUCUUUGCUCAAGGUAUUAAUGCCCCUUCCCGAUGGCACACCCAUUUCUCUCGAAGGAUGAGAGGAGCGAGCGCGACUGCAAACACGCACGCACGCACAGCGUCGAAGCGGCUCUUGCAUUGCAUGUGA